GUUGUGUGGCCAUAGGAGGCUUGUGUUGGUGGUAGAUGACAGCUGUAAACAAGCUCUAGUGAAGCUCAGGCACUUUGAGGAAGACUAAACCGCCAAAGCGCCGGUGAAGAGAAGAAACGGGGGCUCAGGAUGGUGAGGGGUAGAGCCCUGGCCCGCUGUGGGCUGGUUCUGCUGAGUUUGUGGCUGUGUAUCCAGUCAGUGCCUAUCAGUGUGGACAAGACCAAAGACAAGCCUGAGGAGGAAGAACUGGGGCCACCAGAGAGUGCUGAAACUGGGCUGCAUUAUGACCGCUACCUCAGGGAAGUCAUUGAGUACCUCGAGAAAGACCCCCAUUUUAAAGAAAAGCUAAAAAAUGCCAACAUGGAAGACAUCAAGCAAGGCAAACUUUCCAAAGAGCUGGACUUUGUCCACCACAAUUUUCGGACAAAGCUGGACGAGUUGAAGAGGGAGGAGAUGAACAGGCUGCGGAUGCUCAUCAAAGCCAAACAUGACAUCCAGGGGGGGAAUGGCCGGACAGUGGACCAUCAGGCCCUGCUGAAACAGUUUGAGCACCUCAACCACAUGAACCCAAACACGUUUGAGGUGGAGGACCUGAACCGCCUCAUCAAAUCGGCGACCAAAGACCUGGAGAACUUUGACAAGGACCGCCAUGAUGAGUUCAAGAGAUAUGAGAUGAUGAAGGAGCAUGAGAGGAGGGAACGUCUGAAGAACAUGAAUGAGGAGGACCGCAAGAAGGAAGAGCAGCACUAUGAGGAGAUGAAGAAGAAACACGCUGACCAUCCCAAAAUUAAUCAUCCUGGCAGUGAGGACCAGCUGAAGGAGGUGUGGCAGGAGGCAGACGGUUUGGACCCCGAAGACUUUGAUCCCAAGACUUUUUUCAAGAUGCAUGACAGUAAUGGAGACGGUUUCCUUGAUGAGACCGAGCUUGAAGCUCUCUUCACUAAAGAGCUGGAGAAGGUGUACAACCCUGAAAAUGAAGAGGAUGAUAUGGUAGAGAUGGAGGAGGAGAGACUGCGGAUGAGAGAGCAUGUUAUGAACGAGGUGGACACCAAUAAAGACAGACUUGUGUCACUGAGCGAGUUCAUGGCGGCCACUAAGAAGGAGGAGUUCUCAGAAAAAGACGAGUGGGAGACUUUAGAUCAAAACCCCUUGUACACUGAGGAGGAGCUGAGGGAGUUUGAACAGCACCUGGCCAACGAGGAGAACGAUAUCAACAAGAGGUCGCUUGAGCUGCAGAAGCAGAGAGAAGAGCUCGAAAAGAAACAAGAAGAACUCAAUGCUCAGAGGUUGGGGCUACAGCAGGCAGUAGAAGAAAUGGAAAGGUUAAAAGCCCACAGCACAAAAACGGAUAUCAAACGUGAAGGUGAACCAGCCCCAGUUGUACCAGGAAACAAUCAACCACUGCCCCCUGGUCACCAGCAGCAAGAUGUACCAGUGCCAGGACACUCUUAGCAGGCCUCACCACUCUGUGUGCUGUACGAAUGCCAGUGAGCAUGUGUGUGUGUGUGUGUGUGUGUGUGUGUGUUUGCCUUGCAAUGAUUCCAAUUCUCUGUUUUUUGUUUUGUUUUUGUUUUUGUUUUUUGGUUUAGGAAUUUCAAACCACCACAUGACAAAAAUAUGCCUAAAUACCAAGAGCACACAGGAAAAUCUGAUUUCAGGCUUCUGAUUUUGUGCCCGUCAUGCCAUCCCCCUCGCUGGCCGAUUCGGCUGCGUAAACCAGACUUGAAACGUGGAGCUGGUCCAGUUUUCUAUGUGGACAAUGGGCCCUUUUGUUUUGUCAUUUUAAUUUUUUGUCACAACAAGGACUCUGUUCUCCAUGGGAAGAGCUUUGGGGUAAAAAGGAGAGGGGGGCAGGUUUUUGGGGGGCCUGAUAUGUGAAUGUUUUGUUUAGUGUACACUGUAGUUCAUUGUCACUGAUACUGCCUCUUAGAGAAGAAAAAACUUUGGGAAUUAUUUCUUUUUUCAGGUGAAGAGAGCCUAUUAUUUCAGAAGAGAAUGAAAGUAACUCAAAGGUUUAUGUAGAAGUGAAUGAGAUGGUCCAAAGUUGAAAUUGAUUUGUUGAUUUUCUGCAACAGUUAAUACUCAGUUCUCCUCAACAAUUUAAAGUUUACACCCAAAUAUAAAACACACAUUUCUUCAGUUGUAUUUUCUAGUUUUUUCCUCCUUGGGACCAGAUGAUUGAAGAACAUAUUUAGUUUACAGAUGAAGUUACAUAUAUAUUUAAAUGUUUUAAUUUAAUAUAAUUGUGCUGGUGUUUGAGUGACUGUAUGGAUUUGUUUACAGUGUGUUUGUGUCAGUGCUUGUGAGUGUAUCUGUGAAUCUGUGUCAUUUCUCAUAAUAGAAUAACUUAUUUAUUCUCUACAUCAUCACUGUCAGUGAAACUGAAUUUGGAGUUCAAAUUCAAGGGUCGCAUGGUCAAAAACUGACCUCAGAACAGUCUUAAUUUUAAACUAAUACAACAAAUAAGAGACAGAGUGAGGACAAAAACACAGGUAUAUUUUUAUGUCUCUUUUAAAAAGCAGUCAGAUCGGUCUCCCAGCCUAUGUAGGAUCACAGCAGUAUCUGCUCGCAGGUCUGGUGUUACUUAUUUUUCUAUGUCCCUUUCAUAAAACCAAUUAAAUCUGUCCACCACCCAACGUCCUGUGUAACAAAUCCAUGAAACUAUUGUACACGGUUUGAAUGUGGACAAUAAAGUGAAUGAGCUGGC